CCUGAACCGUAUAAUUGAGUUCGUCUCUCUUCACCUUUCAUAUGUGGCGAGUCGAGCUUCGGGCGGUCGCUGGCGUCCUUACAGUCAUGAUGUCAUCACUACUAAUAAUAUCAUGAUUAGAUUUGCUUUUACGAAUUAAUAACCAACUAUUGCACUUUCCCGAAAGAGUCAUCCUAAUGUUAUUUCAUCUUCCCUUAUCCCAAUAGUCACCGUGCUCACGAAAUGCCUUCAUCUACGUCACCGCACCCUGACCAACGAGGCGCGGAGGCCCAUCCUGAGAGGCCUCGCAAUGUAAAUGGGGAGGUUGAUUACACUCCCCACCCGGAAAAUUCUAUUCCUAUCUCAGAGUCCCGCAAUAUGAUCCAGCAAAAGAUACUCAAUCUGUACUGUGGAAGCGCGUCGGAAGAAGACAUGAAGGUCUACGCCGAGAAGGCCGUUUAUGACGACCCCUUUAGUUACUGCGAUACCAGAUACAAAAUAGCAGGUCAGUGGUACGGACUCCCGAAGCUUUUCAGUAAGUUAGAGUCACUAGGGACGGAGGUCACAUCUUCGACAGAACAUGAGCUUGUCUGGAAGCAGAAGCAUAGGUAUACCUUCAUCGGUAUACAUGCAUCUAAGACUGCAGAUAGCCUUGUAAGCUUGAAGCUCGAGGGCGCGGAGCCUAACGAGAAAGUGGUCUACCAUAAGGACAUGUGGAAUGAGAAGGAUUAUUCUCAUGAAGGUCUCGGCGCUUUGAUGAAGAAGCUCAACGGCGAUAAGCUGACCAAUGUUACUAAACCGCCGGAGACUCUUUAAAGGGUGGUGAGGUCGGGGGUUCAUUCGAACUACCUAAGUGUCAGAAGAAAGAGACCCGUGAGGUUGAUCAAUCGUAGAGUGGCUGCUUCGGGGUAGCUGGUAGGCUGCUGCGUAGCAGUAGCAACGUAGCUGGUGGUUCGAAAGGUCUAUUAACGCUGGCCUAUCUCCUUUUCAGGAGGUGCGAAGCACCUCCUUGUAUAUCUAAUUGUCUCUACGCUAAUCCUAAUUAGGUAAUGCACACUUGUGUGCUAUAUGUUCCUGACACUAAGCACAUGGAUACCUAGGUAGGUUCACUGCAAAACAACAAAACUAAAUUUCGAAAGAAUGUGUGGUUUAUUAACACGCGUUGAAUAUGUUUGUGUAGACUGAGUUGCAAUAAUAGUUAAUCACGAGUAAUCAUACACGAUUUCGAUGAUUAUGUGCCACAGAGCCAACCGUAUACGGGAGGAACUAACUCUGU